GGGAGGCGGCUCAGAGGCAAGGCCAGGCUGAGAUUGGCCCAAGGGGACAGAGAUGAUCUGUCUUUGCAAACAUCCGUGCAGCUGCCUGGGGAAAGAGUUGGGGGUGGGGUCUGUUGCAAGUAGUCCUUGUCCCCAUCCCCGGGGUGAGUGGUGUUCCACCGGGGGCCUGAGGGUAGGGGGAGACAGAGGGGGUGCCUCUGGGACCCCACUCUGCUGGUAGGUCCACUGAGGCGGUGGUAAGCAGGGAGAUCUGCAAGUGUGGAGAAGGCCUGCAUGGAGGUCCAGGUGAAGGGCCAGGAGGCUUCCCUGAUAGGGGUGGGGGAUAGCAUGGGGAGAGGUCAGUUCGACCCCUUGAAGCAGGCCUCAGUGCUCUGCAGAAGCUGGAGCCCAGGAUUUAGGGAGGCGUGAGGGUGUUGGCCACAGACAGCGCCCCACAAAAGCAGUGGUCCUUUGGGUCCUGAUGACCUGUGGUGGCCAGGAGAGUGGUGGUCUUCUGUGUGUGUGUUUUGAGGGGCACUUAGCUGGUGAGCAGCUAGUACAUUGAGAAGAACUUUUGACAAUGAGGAAAUUUACAGUCUAGUCCCGGUUCACCUUGCUGGGCGACCUUGGGCAAGGGCCGGUGAUUGCAGCCGGACGUGCCCAUGACCGAGCUGGCAUCCUCCGGGGACGGGUCCCCUACGGGGGACGGGGAGGAGGGCCUGGGGGACGAUCGAGGCCUGGUCAUCCACCACCCGGCAGAGGAGCAGCCGCACCGCUGCCCGCUGUGUGGCCAGACCUUCGCCCAGCAGCCCAGCCUGGUGCGGCACCAGAAGGCGCACGCCGGGGCGGGCCGCGCAGCCGCCUUCGUGUGCCCGGAGUGCGGCAAGGCCUUCAGCGUCAAGCACAACCUAGAGGUGCAUCAGCGCACCCACACGGGCGAGCGGCCCUUCCCCUGCCCCGAGUGCGGGCGCUGCUUCAGCCUCAAGCAGAACCUGCUCACGCACCAGCGCAUCCACAGCGGCGAGAAGCCGCACCAGUGCGCGCAGUGCGGCCGCUGCUUCCGCGAGCCGCGCUUCCUGCUCAACCACCAGCGCACCCACGCGCGCAUGCCCGCGCCGCACCCGCGCCGCCCCGGCGUCUUCGGGGAGCGCAGGCCCUACUUUUGCGCCCGCUGUGGCAAGAGCUUCGCGCGCGAGGGCUCUCUCAAGACCCACCAGCGCAGCCACGGCCACGGGCCCGAGGGUCAGGCGGCCCAUUUAGGCCGCGUGCUCUGAUACCACAGAACCUGCCGCCGCCGCCGACUGUUUCCCGCCCCAGAGCCGCAUCUGUGACCCCUGGAAAUGCCGCUGGGCUGGGGCCCCCUGUCUGGAUGGGAUCCUGGGAGACCGUGAGGGCUGGCUUGGGGUGGGGGGGGCUCUCAAAAGGA